AUGCAGGCCAGUGCUGUUCUCAUUGUCCUCUGUACCUCAGCGUACUGGGUCCUCAUGAACUCUCAACCUAUCCCAACUGUGGAACCUAAGACAACUGAUUUAAUAAAACAGACUCUAGAUAUGUUCAAUGAAACUACUCUUCCCUCUGCUGAGGUAAAGGUCCCAGAUAAUGAUGAAGAUGAGUGCUUUGGGAGAAACAUGGAAUUCUACAUAGAAGCUACGCAAAGCAUCUUUAGAGAUGUCGAUAAAGUCCAAAAAGUUAAAGGAAAUCUGAAAGAAAUCAAGGGCCACCAACCUGGGCUCAGAGAAAGUGAAACCUACAAAGGUGCUUUUUCCCUUUCUAUUUGUGAUUGGGAUGAGAUAAGGGGUGACAAUGUUAAACACUACAAAAUUCAGAAAUUUGAGAAUGGUGGAUAUUAUAUCACAACCAGAGCACAAUUUGAUACUUUACAGAAACUAGUCAAACACUACACGGGAACAUGGAAUGGGACAACAAAAGUAGCAAUCAAAACACUAAAGCCUGGUACAAUGAUGCCAGAAGCUUUUCUUCAGGAAGCUCAGAUCUUGAAGAAACUAAGACAUGAUAAACUUGUUCCAUUAUAUGCUGUUGUUUCUGAGGAACCAAUUUAUAUUGUCACUGAAUUUAUGUCAAAAGGAAGCUUAUUAGAUUUUCUUAAGGAAGGAGAUGGAAAGCAUUUGAAGCUCCCACAACUAGUUGAUGUGGCAGCACAGAUUGCUAAUGGUAUGGCAUAUAUUGAAAGAAUGAACUAUAUCCACCGAGAUCUUCAAGCAGUUAACAUCCUUGUAGGAGAUAAUCUUGUUUGUAAAAUAGCAGAUUUUGGACUAGCCAAGCUAAUUGAAAAUAAUGAAUACACUGUAAAACAAGGAGCCAAAUUUCCAAUCAAGUGGACAGCUCCUGAGGCUGCAUUAUAUGAUCGUUUCACAAUUAAAUCUGAUGUCUGGUCAUUUGGAAUUCUACUAACACAACUUGUGACAAAGGGUAGAGUGCCAUAUCCAGGGAUGGUAAAUCAUGAAGUCUUGGAACAGGUAGAAUGGGGAUACAGAAUGUCUUGUCCUCAGGGCUGCCCAGAAUCUCUCCAUGAGCUGAUGAACCUUUGUUGGAAGAAGGACCCUGAUGACAGACCAACAUUUGAAUAUAUUCAGUCCUUUUUAGAAGACUACUUUACUCCUACAGAACCACAGCACCAGCCAGGUGACAAUUUAUAA